ACAAAGCUGAGAGCUCCCUUUAUAACACUGAGCGAGGACCGCAACCAUUUACCAUAACACCCACUACCCAUCCACACCCUUCAUAGUCCGUAUCUAUCGAAGCGAUAACUACCCCUCUAUCAAGCGAAUCUCCCCUCACCGCCAGAUCACAUGCAUCACAUCACCAAACGGCCGAUUGUGAGGUCAAAACUGUGUGCGGGGUCGCUUUUGGGCCAACAUACCAGGCGCUAUUCAUACGUUCCUUGGUCGUGUCCGUGGACUUUACGACAUAUGAAAUAUGAGAUUCGCGAGAAUCAUAACACGAUUGCCUUGCUUCGUCAAUGGUUCGACACUAUAGAUCCUAAAACCUAUCGCAAACAAAAUCCGUGGUCGGGGGAGCUCACCGACGCUUAUGAGCAUUAUAAGUACCUCGAUAAGAUCUUUAUUCAAAGAAAGGCCAUCUACAUGAACGAGCCGCUGUUGACAAUGGAGGCCACCCCUGAUCAACAUGUGAAGUCGAUACAGUUGGCGAUCGAAUGGGGGGAAGCUGCUCUUAGGUAUUCCUUACCAUCUCAUUGUCCACGUGUGGCUAUGGCGAAACAAGUCGCGAUCAUGGCAAUCUUGAUUGCAUUAAUGCUAAUGCAUCUGGUACAAUGUAGCUCGGCCAAGGCGAGAAUUCAUGUUCUUGCAAACUAUCGAAAUGCCUAUGACGUCACAGUUAUCCACUCGCACAUAGAAGAGGCAGAAAGACAUCUCUUCAGUGCCAUGAGUGCAUUGCGCGAAGCAAGAACGAAUUUCCAAGUAGCAAAAAGCGACUACAAGUUCCCUUUACCUUCGGUUCUAUGCCAGCCUGAUCUAUACCCACACUAUUCAACAUCCUUCAUUGACCUAUGCUUGGGGGUGCAUGUUGAUCCCACAGUAUAGCCAAUGCUGUGUUAGCUCUUUCUCUCUUUUUUUUCUUCCUUAUGUCUCCUCACGACCCUGAUUCUUCUCUAGCCGGCUGUUGAUUUCCU